CCGCUGCUGCGCCUGCGCCCAGGGUGCGGCCCCCGCGGUCUGAGUGACGCCAGUGCGGAGGGGAUUGUGCGGCGAGGCCGGCCGGCGGGGGAUGGCGCUCAGGCGGAUCCAGAAGGAAUACCAGGACUUGGAGCGUGACCCUCCAGCACUCUGUUCAGCAGGUCCAGUAGGAGAUGACUAUUUUCACUGGCAAGCGACUAUCAUGGGGCCAAGUGAUAGCCCUUACCAAGGUGGUGUCUUCUUCUUGAAUAUCCACUUUCCCUCAGAUUAUCCUUUCAAGCCGCCUAAGGUUUCAUUCACAACAAAGAUCUAUCAUCCAAACAUUAACAGUAAUGGCAGCAUUUGCCUUGAUAUUCUCCGCUCGCAAUGGUCUCCAGCUUUAACAUUGUCAAAAGUUCUUCUGUCUAUCUGUUCGCUGUUGUGUGAUCCAAACCCUGAUGAUCCUUUGGUACCAGAGAUUGCACACACCUACAAAUCUGACAGGGAGAAGUACAACAAACUGGCCAGAGAUUGGACAAACAAAUAUGCAAUGUAACAGUGACAGACAAGAAAUAAUAACUCCUUUACAUAAUCUGGAAUGCAAAAAUAAAAGCUGGCUGCAGUUUUAUGGAAUCCCAUGUGCCAUUCACAAUGAAUUUUAUACUUGGUGAAGGGUGAGGAGCUCUGUGUCUGAGUGCUGAGGCAUUCUGGCCUAGUUCGAGCAGUCGGCCUGCCAUAUAUGGAUGUGUAUUUUGAAAUAUACAUAUACAUAUUUCCUUUUUUAUCGCCAGUUUCUGUGACCACAGUCAAUUGUUCGCUGGUCCCCCAGCAUUUUACCAGUCACAGAUAGGAGGGAGGGAAUAGCAACUCAGUAAGUGUUUAUUUUUUGGAAAUGUGAAGCUUGUUUUCCUGCUCUAUUUAUGCUGUCUGCACUGCAUCCUGUCGAGUGCGUGUUUUUUUUUAUAUAUAGAUUAUAUAAGUGUGUCUGUACAUACCCAGAAAUCACAGAGCCUCUUGAGCACGGUUUUAGUGAAUAGUGCAAUUCAUAUCCGUGUGUCGACACGGUUGCAACGCACCUGCUGAACUUUGCUGGGAAUGAAUGCUCCUUUGCAGAUAUCAACUGGUGUAUGGCUGCUAUUUACUUAGGAAACAGUUUGCUUUGAAUCCCUACCCCUACAUCCUUUGGAUGCUACUCCCUUGUCCUGAGGUGUAUGGGCUCUGCUGGUGCAGGUGCCCCAAGCAGCCACUCUGGUGGUUCAUUCAUUUGCCUCAUCCCAUUCCCUCCUGCUUGCUCGUCACAGGCUGGGGAUUCCCCUUCAUCCCCCAAGAUCAGGUUACUUUUAGUCCGUGGAGGGCCGGCUAGGCUGAGACCCAGUGUAGGUGCCAGAACUGGAACCAGGGUCUCCCUUAUCUGUUAGCCUUUGCCGCACUGCCCACAGAAUCAUUGGGGACCCCAUGGUAUGUUUUUAAUGACCCCCCCCCCUCCCCGCCUCUCCAAAUGACUGCUAUGAAUGGCAGGGAGGUCCUACUGCACGAUUGAGAAUUGCACCAGAUAUUCUGCGGCCCAAGAGUGAGAUUUCCGACCAGUACUGUAGGCCCUUGCUUCCUUGUGACUGGACCGAGGGUGUCCUUGGUACGUUCGAAAUAGGGCUCUUACAGUCAUCGGCAGAGUAGAUUUUGAUUCCAGUAUACUGGGUGAGAUUGUAAACUGAGAUCCCCGAUAUUAGAUUAGUGAGUGCUGGCAGGCUCAUUGAUAACAGGCUAACUGACCAGCAACAGCCAUUGGGCAGCAGUCAGGAGUGCAAUCAAAGCCUGAGUUCAGGAGCACUGAGGCUGAUUAGAAUGCAGAUAUUGUCACCCUAGCUAAGGCUUAACUCGACAGAGAAGAGAUCAGGAGGCAAGAAACACUGCUUCUGUACUGGAAUCUUCCUGGUUUGUGUGUUUCAAUGUCAUGCCAUUCAUCCAGUGCACCCUGGGGCCUCUGUGGCGUGCAAACGCCUCUGUAAACCUGCCGCUAGGUAAAAGGGGCUUGCGAUUGCUCCCUAUUGGUUAAACUGACUUUGGAGGUUCAGAUUUCAGGGCAGAUGAGAGAACAAUGAUUACUUGGACAGUACUUGAUUCUGCAGUAAUUUCAUUUAAGGACCUUGUGUCAUACCACUGUUUCGAAGAACACGGAUGCUGUUCCUGUCCUUGGUCAUGAGCCCGAGUAGAGUUUACCCCAGGGUGAUUAGGUGCCAGUGGUUGUGAACUGGCUGGAGUCUCGCCCUGGAAGAUCAGUAAUCCCUGCCGUGUCCUGCCAAAUGGGGUGACUCCUGGCUUAAAUAUCAGAGGUACACUCAGAGAAUUCCAUUCCAAUUGCAGAGAAUUUGAAGCAUGUAAAUGAAUGGCACUGAAUGGAAUCUGUGCCUGCUGCACUUUACCCGGUGCACAGUCACACUUGCUCGAUCUGAUAUAGGAUUCGAGGCAGUUUGUACACUCCUUUGCGAAAUGUAUUAUUUCAAAAUGAACGAAAACGAGGAUUGAGAAUGGAAAAGAACAAAUAUACAUGGUUUUUAAGUUCAAAAAAAUGAUGGGGUUUAACUCAGCUUUCACUUAAUGAUCUAGCCUCUGCUGUUGGUACCAUGUAGUGUUUUGUCUUUUUUAACGGUUUGUUUGAAUAUGCAAAGUCCUUUCCUAUGCUAUGUGAAUAAAUUGGUGGCUGGUUUCUGCUGUAA